AUAUUCUGCCAUUGUCACAAUGUAACGAAGCUACCCCAUAACAUUGUAGUGCGCAGGUAUAAACCAGGAAGCUAAAAUAGGAAUCACACGCGCUUCUCGGAAUUCGAUCUCCAAUAUUUGCUUAAUCUAGUUUGUUCAACUUGCUGGAGAGAGUUUUUCCAAAUGAAAGAACCGAAGUUACACUGAUUGGCCGCCGAGUUUAGAACUGAAUGUGUUUUCCACUCAUUUAAAAUUACCUUCCACGUAAUCGGAAGAUGGGAAGCGGCGGCUCAAAAUCCAAAACCAAAUCUGCAAUUGAUAGGGAUAGUCCGAAAACAGACGUUCUGAAAGAAACGGACGAAGACCCGAUAUCUUUGGAAGAUACCAUUGAAGGAUUCCCUCCUCCCUUACCUGUCUUAGACAAAAAGAGACAUAUUUUCACAGCGGAGGAUAAAACCACUGCUGAUAGCAGGGCGAGUCAGAUAAAAGUGGACAAUUAUCAGUCCUUUGAAGCGCUGUCAGGCGCUCUUACCGAGGGCUUAAGAAAUGACGUGCAAAAAGUGCGUGCCGUUUUCACCUGGAUCGGCUUGCAAGGAUCGAAGGGGAACAACUCUAGCACCAACUUGGAACCCAUGUCCCCAAUGCACAUCGUGCAACUAGUAAAACAGAGAAAGGCAUCCUAUAACCUUUUGUUUGUUUUAUUGUGUAGAGCUGCAAAACUACCGUGUGUAUUCAUCCGUGGUCUAGCCAAGAGUGCAGCUUACGAGGUUGGGGAUAGGACAGUAGAUAAUCUUGGAAACUCCUGGACGGCUGUCUACGUAUCCGGUGGGUGGCGCUUCGUGUUUCCGUUGUGGGCUUUUUCAGCAAUCGUCGGUCACAGUACUGGAACAUGGACACUUGUGGAGUCUGAUGGUAAGGGUGCUAGAGAAACGGCGGAAAAGUCAUCUGGGAUCACUGUCAGUAACUUUAACGACUAUUACUUCCUCACUGACCCAGAAGAGUUCAUCUACUCUUGUUUUCCCCAUGAUUCCAAGUGGCAGUUGUUAGGAAAACCUUUUACAAAGCAGCAGUUUAUUGACAUUGCAUAUUGUGAACAAGCAUUUUUUGAAAAUCAUCUCCAAAUUACUACCAAACUCGAGUGCUUGUAUACGUCAGAUGGUGGCGUCUGUGAUAUUGGAAUAAAAAAGAGCAAUGGAGAAGAAUUCAAACAUCUGUACAAACUUUAUUUUAAUCAUGAAAAGUCAACCACGAAGUUAUCCAGAGAAAUCCAGUUAGACAGAUAUGUUGCCGUAAUGAACGAUAAAUCUACAGUUAAUUUUCGGAUUCGAUUUCCAGGCGGAGGAAUUUACAAAAUGGAGAUAUAUGGCGGCUCCCCGACAGGGUUUCCUCUGAUUUGUUCUUUUCGCCUCGACUGUAAUGAAGACGUUAGUAAUGUGAAGCCUUUUCCAUGUAACCCAGAGGCAGGAUUCGGACCAAAUUUGGUCACAACUUCCGCAGGAUUAGAACCAGAAUCUCAUAAAACGGGGUUUAUUAAAAUAAAUAGAAAAAGAAAUGUUAAUAUCAGGUUUAAUCUUACCAAAAACGUUUUGGUUCAGACAGUUUUGGUUCACAAUAAUAUAAAGGAGGAUGUGCUCAGUCAGCAUGUCAAUCACAAGGUCAAAGGUCAAGAACUUGACAUCAAUGUUAACGUUCCCCAACAGGGAGAGUAUGCUCUACAGAUCAACACUAAGACAAAAGGGUCGUCCGAACCUUUCACAAAUACCUGCAAUUACCUGUUAGCGUCGGAGGAAAUGAAUAAAAAGAAAAAAUCAUAUGAGAAUGCUGCAGAAAAGAAAGCGCGUCAUGGUUUGGAUGAAAGUCUAAGAUCGAAAGAUCCAGAGACAAUUCGGAGAGCAAUAGACAAGUUUGAUGAGUUUGACUUGGACGAUAAAGGGGCGAGGGAAAAGGCAGAAAGAAGGAAAAAUUUCCUUGUCUUACAGAAAGAAUUAAAAGAUGCGACUGCGCGGAGGAACGUAGAUGUAUUGGAGAUAGCGCUAGAUAAUGCGAAAUCGUCUGAAUUCUCAUCAAAUCUGCAAAACCAAAUAACGGAAGCGGAGCAACUCCUGGCAGAAUUGAAAAAAAUUAAAAGGUUUGCACACGAAGUCCUGCAGAUGAAACAACCCACGAUCUCAGAAAUCCAUACUUACAAACACCCACGCCCCCUGGCUUACGAUGUUAUGAAGGCAACGUAUAUCCUUCUUGGAGAAAGGGAAGUUCAUCUAGAGGAAUGGGAGCAAAUCCAGAGUUUAAUGAGAAAAACCGGAAAACAGGGUUUGUUACGGCGAGUGCGCCAGUUUGAUACCAUCCACGUGACAGAAAACAUGAUUAACAGCGCUGCCCAGCUUCUCCGUCCGUACACUGAGGAAACAGUGACGACAUCGAGUGCGGGUCUAGGGACGUUCUACAAAUGGAAUCCGAUUCCACAUACACUCGAGGGAUACCCUAUUCCGAAACCAACUCACAACAGAAAGUCGGAUCUUCUACAGUUUACAGAUUUCACCGGAGUGGAUUCUGAUGCAAAAAAGGUUUCCCCCAAUGAAUUCAAUACAAUUGACGCUUUAGCCAAGCGUUUGACAGAGGCAUACCCCAAGGCGAUGAUGAAGGUCCGCGCAUUGUUCGUAUGGAUGUCAGCUCAGCCUAUUUUCAGCCAAAAGUGGCCGUCUGCUGCCCCCGCUGACUCCCCAGAAGGCGCAUUUGGUAGGAUGCAGAGGGGGGAAAUGUCAUAUGCCACGUUGUUUGCUACGCUAUGUAGGGCAGUUGAUAUUCAGUGUGUUAUAAUACAAGGAAUUGCUAAAAGUGCUGCGUAUGAGGUCGGCGAUAGAAAUGCCGAUAAUUUGUUCAAUUCUUGGAAUGCUGUGUAUAUCGGUGGUGCUUGGAGAAUUGUCUUUCCGUUGUGGGCCUGUAGGUGCAUUACUGGUCACGAUACAGGAAAAUGGACUUUGAUAGAGUCAAACGGCGUUGGGAAGAAAGAACAGUCGAGAGCCUCGGCUGGAACCGUAAUAAACAAACUGAACGAGUUCUACUUUCUGACUGAUCCAGAUAUCUUUCUUUAUCACUGUUUUCCAAAUGAUUCGAGAUGGCAGUUGGUCGCAAAAGUUAUUUCCAAAGAGAGGUUUCUUGAACUUCCGUACCUAAGGCAAGACUUCUUUGAAAGCAAACUAAAGUUACUGAGUACCUAUUCAUGCCAACUAGAAUCAUCACAUGGUGAAUGUGUUGUAGCUAUAAGAUUCCCAGAUGAUUCGUCUAUUUCAAUGCAUUAUGAAUUAUAUUUCAAUAACAAAGACUCAGGCGUAAAACUUCCUUCCCAACUACAGCUUCAGAAUUACGUAGCAAUGAUUCACCAGGAUUUCAAAGUGACGUUUGUGAUAAGAUUUCCUGUGGAAGGAAUUUACAGUUUGAUGAUACUUGGAGGAAUGAAAGGCGAGAGGCGAUGGCUUUGUUCUAGUCGUAUUUUGUGCUCUGAGAUAAAGGACCAAGUUCUUCCCUAUCCCACGGUUCCAAAGAUAGGUUUCGGACCACAGAAACUGACACAGGAUGCGGGGCUCCAGGCAUUGUCCCACAAAUCUGGAUUUGUACAAGUUCACCGAAACCGAACCUGUGAAAUCAAAUUUACUUUAACAAAAUUCGUUGUCGUUCAAGCCACGCUUCACAGAUUUGCCAUCCCCAGUGACAGUCUUGCGCAAUACGUCACACAACGCUUACAAAACGAUAAUUUGCGCAUUGACGUCACACCACCACAAGAUGGCGAGUACACUCUUCACAUUAACGCUAAAGAGAAGGGGACAACGAAAGGAUUCACAAAUGUGUGCAACUAUGUACUUAAUACUGACGCCAAAAGCAUGAGAUCUUGGGAGAAUGCUCGGGAAAGAGUUGCAAGGCUAAACCUGAGAACAAAAACAUUUUCAGCAACAUCCAAGAAUGCUGAAGAACUUCAAUAUGCCAUUGAAAAGGCCAACACUCUUUGUUUGAAGGAUAACGGAGACAUACAAGUGGCCCACGAACGCUUGGACUUUUUACAAUUACAAAAGGGUCUUUUGGAUGGAAUCAAUAGAAGGAAUUUAGAUGUUUUAGAACGAGCUUUACAUUCUGCGAAAUCUUCAGAACAUGAGUACAAACUGAGGGACCGUAUAAAAGAAGCCGAUGAACUCCGAGAACACCUGAUGACACUGAAGAAAUUUGCACAUGAUGUGCUCGAGAUGAAACAAACGACGAUAUCAGAACUUCAUCGUUAUUCCAUUCCGCCUCCGUUGAUCCUCGGCGUCAUGAAGGCGACAUUUCUUCUCCUUGGCGAACCUUCUCAUCACUUACAAAUAUGGGAGGAUAUUCAGACAUUAAUGAGACAGACAGGCAGGCAGAGUUUAUUAUACCGGAUCCGGAAGUUCGACACACUUGGAACCGAUAAAGAUAUAGCAAUGCAAGUUCUAAAAAUUCUAGAACCAUACACGACGGAACAAGCCACAAUCGCCAGUGCAGGAGCCGGGACGUUCUAUAACUGGGCGAAGAAUAUAGCGACCCAAAUUAUCGGAGGCAAGAAGAAUAAAACUACGGUAUUUACAGCUAAUGAUAAAUCUGUGGCUACUGGAAGGCAGAAAGUGAAGAAUUAACCCAUUUUGCAGACAUUGUAUACUUCAUUUAUAAAAUACAUUCCAUUUCUUGGAUGUACACAUGUAUGACUUUGAAACUUCACCUCUGCUUCGAUGAUUGUGCAAAUGAUUCAAUACAAAUAAUAAACCAGUCC